UUUCCACUGGUCUUCAUCAAGUGCUGCCCAAGUACGAGGUGUUGGUGAAGCUGCCCAAGAAAAUCACCAUCCAGGACGAGGAGCUGAAAGUGGCCGUCUGUGGUCUAUACACUUAUGGGACCCCUGUCCCCGGCCUGGUGAAUGUCCAUGUGUGCCGGAGAUUCUCCCAGUCCAGGUCACGCUGCUAUGGAAGAGAGGCCGAGGCUGUGUGUGAGGAAUUCACCAGACAGGCGGACGUUCAAGGCUGUGUCUCCAAUGUGGUGAAGACUAAAAUAUUCCAGCUCAAGCGAAAGGGUUAUGAGAUGAAAAUUGAGGUGCAAGGCAAGAUCACGGAAGAGGGUACAGGGGUGGAGUUAACUGGGACAGGCUCCAGUGAGAUCACAGACACCAUGAGCAAAAUCAGCUUCGAGCAGGUGGACUCUCAUUACAUACCAGGGAUCCCUUUCUCUGGGCAGGUGAAGCUGGUGGACGGGACCGAUGCUCCAAUUGCCAAUGAAACAAUCCGGAUUUCCAUAGGGAGAAACAAAUAUGAUACCAACUACACAACGAAUGAAGAGGGCCGAGUGUGGUUUUCCAUAGACACUGUCAACUUCACAGACACCUCCAUUCAAAUCACUGCAAACCAUAAAUCUGAACUGAACUGUUACGACACACACUGGGUCACCCCCGUGUAUGGUAAUGCCGCUCACACAGCAACACGCUUUUACUCCCUGAGUAAGAGCUUUCUCAAAAUCGAACCUGUGUCUCACACUUUAAGCUUUGGCUCCAAUGAGAAGAUCCAGGUGCACUACAUCCUGAAGCCAGAGGCCUUGGGGGAGCAGAAGGAAAUUGUCUUUUACUAUGUGGUGAUGGCCAAGGGAGGCAUCGUGAGGGCAGGCACUGAGGUGCAUCCCGUGGGGGAUGGAGAACUUAUUCAGAAAUUUGAGCUCCGGCUCCCCGUGGGGCCUGAUAUCGCCCCCCUGGCCCGGGUACUCGUAUACACCACUUUACUCAGCGGGGAAGUUAUUGCCAAUUCCGAAGAUUUCAAGAUUGAAAACUGCUUUGCCAAUAAGGUGGACUUGAAUUUCUCACCGGCCGAGGGCCUCCCCGCCUCCGACACUCACCUCCGGGUUGGAGCAUCCCCGGGCUCCCUGUGCGCCGUCCGUGCUGUGGACAAGAGUGUCCUCCUCAUGAAGCCUGAAACUGAGCUCUCGCCCAGCUCUGUGUAUGAUUUGCUCCCGGUGAAGGAGAUCAGGGGUUAUAAUUACCGAGAGCACCAUUUGGAGGAAGAAGACGAUAACCCUUGUGUGAAACUCGAAAACAUCAUUUUAAAUGGAUUCAUCUACGGACCCAUUUCUCCUGAUGGUGAAGGGGACGCCUACAACAUUCUCAGG